AUGUGGUCUGAAAGCAACUCAGAUUCAUUGCUGUUUUCAUCACAGGACCAGAUUAUUUAUCUACGGAACCAGUGGAAACAGAUGCUGGAUACAACAAUGAUGAUGCCAAUAAUAAAGGAGACCAAUUUCGUCCGGCGGACUGGUAGAUGUCGCUUUGGUCACAAGCGUGUCACACAGCAACCAACCAGCGCUAUCUCCCCUUCACUCUCUGUUUUUUCAUGUUGUUGUGUGCUCCCCCCUCAUCUCACAUCAUCCUUCUCGCUACUUUCUAGUGAGAGAGUUUGUUGCUUCAGUCAGACACCAACAGAGGUCGCUGGAGUUGUAGCUGGCAGCAUAGGUUUUGGCCGGCUGUCUGAAUUUGACAAUGACCUCAGCAAUUUCCAGUUUGAACAGCUUAUUUUCUUUCACCAGUCCUGCUGUAAAGCGUAUCCAUUCAGUGCCAAACAAAAAGAGGUUUGCAUCAAUCCAUACCACUACAAACGUGUAGAAAGUCCAGUUCUUCCACCAGUCCUAGUCCCUCGGUAUAGUGAGUUUCCAGCUGGCAAUCAUCCUCCUCACCAAAUGGCUCCAUUUCAUCAAAUACAAGAGCCAGCCAUGCCUCACAAUGUUACUUAUCCAUUUAUUAACCAACAGCAACAACAUCAACAGACCCAACAUUCUCCGGCCAGUUCUGCUCCCAGCAGUCCUUUUGGACUUCCUGCUGACACUCCACCUCCAGCUUACCAGCAGCAUGAUGAUACAUCUCAGAACAAUAUGGCCAACAAUAUGAACAUGCACCAAGGGAACACGGGCAUGCAACAAGGUGGUCAAAGCCCUCCUCAGCCAAUGGAUACCACUAUAGCUACACCACAAGGGUUGGAUAUGAAAAUUUGCCAAACACUGAAUGACUUUACAAAACUAAACAAACAUGCAAAUUCAAGACAAUUUAACUUUUUUCUUUUCAUUCCGUUUCUCUCUGCUUCUCUCUCUCUCCUUUUCUCUCUCUCUCUCCUUUUCUCUCUCUCUCUCCUUUUCUCUCUCUCUCUCCUUUUCUCUCUCUCUCUCUCCUUUUCUCUCUCUCUCUCUCUCCUUUUCUCUCUCUCUCUCUCCUCCUUUUCUCUCUCUCUCUCUCCUUUUUCUCUCUCUCUCUCUCUCUUUUUCUCUCUCUCUCUCUCUUUUUCUCUCUCUCUCUCUCUCGUUUUCUCUCUCUCUCUCUCUUUUUCUCUCUCUCUCUCUCUCUCCUUUCUCUCUCUCUCUCUCUCCUUUUCUCUCUCUCUCUCUCUCUCUCUUUUCUCUCUCUCUCUCUUCUCUCUCUCCUUUUCUCUCUCUCUCUCUCUCUCUCCUUUUCUCUCUCUCUCUCUCUCUCUCUCUCUCUCUUCUCUCUUUCUUUCUCUCUCUCUCCUUUUCUCUCUCUCUCUCUCUCUCUCACUUUUCUCUCUCUCUCUCUCUCACUUUUCUCUCUCUCUCUCUCUCACUUUUCUCUCUCUCUCUCUCUCACUUUUCUCUCUCUCUCUCUCUCACUUUUCUCUCUCUCUCUCUCUCCUUUUCUCUCUCUCUCUCUCUCCUUUUCUCUCUCUCUCUCUCCUUUUCUCUCUCUCUCUCUCCUUUUCUCUCUCUCUCUUCUCUUUCUCUCUCUCUCUCUCUCUCUCCUCUUUCUCUCUCUCUCUUCUCUCUCUCUCUUUUCUCUCUCUCUCUCUCUCUCUCUCUCUCUCUCUCUCUCUCUCUCUCCUUUUCUCUCUCUCUCUCUCCUUUUCUCACGAUAAUGUGGCGAAAAACCCUUCCAAUAAUGCACAGCGAUUUUGUCUUGGUCUGCUGUCAAAUGUCAAUAGAAACUCUACUAUAGAGAAUACUAGAAGACAUAUUGGUAAAGGUGUACACUUAUAUUAUGUUGGUGGGGAGAUGUUUGCAGAAUGCCUCAGUGACAGCAGCAUUUUUGUGCAGAGCAGAAACUGCAACUAUCAUCAUGGCUUCCACCCCACCACAGUAUGCAAGAUCCCGCCCGGUUGCAGCCUAAAGAUAUUCAAUAACCAGGAGUUUGCACAGCUACUCAGCCAGUCAGUUAACCAUGGUUUUGAAGCUGUCUAUGAACUAACAAAGAUGUGUACUAUUCGCAUGAGCUUUGUCAAAGGUUGGGGAGCAGAGUAUCACCGGCAGGAUGUGACCAGUACCCCAUGCUGGAUUGAGAUCCACUUAAAUGGGCCGCUGCAGUGGCUUGACAAGGUGCUGUCACAGAUGGGGCCACCCCACAAUCCAAUCUCUUCUGUGUCCUGA